UUUGUCGUUUCCCCUCUCUUCCUCUCUUUCUCCACUCUCGCAUUUCUAAUUCUCACCUUUGCCCUCACGUACACGCCGUAAUCGUCGACUUCUUCCCCAUCCUCCCCGUCCUCCUUAUUCCGGUGGAAUAUCCUAGCAUCUGAUUUCUUUGCUGAACCAAGCAUCUUCUGGGUUUUGUUUGCUUGUAUUUCAGGCCAUCUUACUCACAAACUUCUCUAAAUUGAUUUAUUUAAUUGAUCCAAUAAUGAAUUUUCUCUUCUUGUGAUGGCAAUUUCUUGGCUGCCUUUGAAUUGAGUUUCCUGAUGUUAAAGUCACUUGUUGUUGUUUAUUUUUUGUGGGUUUCUUGUUGUUAAGUUCAAUUCAUAGAUUGCUGUUUGUUAUUGUUGGCUUGUUGUAUUGAACGGAUAGCCUUCAACCUAGUUUUUAAAACCAAUGAUUCUUCUGGAUUUUACCUUGUUCAAUACAAUCAACAGUUUUUUAUAUAUAUUUAUAUUUUUUGUUUCUGUCCCUUGGUAAAAGUUCACCUUGUGUGAAUCUUUGCAUUGCUUUUCAUCUGAUAUUGUUGUCGUUAAGUAUUUUAGUUUCCGAGGUUAAUUUGUUCUACUGUUUCUUCAGGUUGAUUACCUAAUGCAUUGAACCCAGAAAUUAUUGAUCUUAUAUUAGUGUACAGUAAAAAGAGACUAAUCUUUGGAUCAAUUUAGGCCUCAAAUUUUCAAGGAUGAGUGUCAGCAUAAUUCUUAAAUUUGGUUGUCUCAGAAAGUUAUGAAUAUUAUAAGCCAUUCUCGCGCCUAAUUUAUUUAAGAACACUUAGGAUGAAGUUCAGCAUUUGCUGUUCAAAUAGAAACCAAAGGCCUUCGAGAAUGAUUCAAUUUAUAAGUUUGGAUAAUUCCUAAAACCUCCCGAUGACCUCACAUAUAGAAAAAUAUAAAUAUAAAGGAACCGUAGUUCACUAGUGCUGCAAUGUCUUUACACAUUUUUCUUGAAGUAAGACUAUACCAAGCCUCAAAAUUUAUUAAAAGAACCUAGGUUAGGUUUCUUUCACUCCUAAUUAUUAGUCAUGGAGUACUAACUGUGAUCAAUCUUUUCUCUCUAUGUGGGUGGCAUGAAUUUCCAAAGAAAUUAGACGAUAUCAGCUCUUGCUCGAGAACAAUAGAAUUUUCAAAUCUGUUGAAGGUCCAAAUUGAAUGCUGAGGAAAUUAACCUAACAGAUCGAGUUGCUGAGAGUUUUCGCUGCAAAGUCAAUUUUUGGGGAAUUAAUUCACUCAAAUUGGCAAGUAUAUCCACUGCUUCAUCAGAAAAUUUUCCAUGGCGGCUUCAUAUGGUCAAAUAUCAGAAACAGUAAGUUCCAUGGAGAUCCCUUUGCCAGUUGAUAAGUUAGCGUUGGAUCUGGUUGGCCAUGACUCCUCCUCUGGCCCUUCAAUCAAGCCUAAAAUGCUUGUGGUUCUUGUAGCUACUGGAAGCUUCAAUCCUCCCACUUAUAUGCAUUUACGUAUGUUUGAGCUGGCAAGGGAUGCACUGAAAGUAGAGGGCCUUUGUGUUAUUGGAGGUUAUAUGUCUCCAGUUAAUGAUGCAUAUAAGAAAAAGGGUCUCAUUUCUUCUGAACAUCGAAUUAAGCUUUGCAAUCUAGCAUGCCAAAGUUCAGAAUACGUCAUGGUCGAUCCAUGGGAGGCCAGUCAAAACACCUAUCAACGCACGUUAACUGUUCUGUCUCGAGUCAAGACUUCGCUGUGCGACCAUGGAUUGCUACCCAAAGAAUCCCUGAAGGUGAUGCUUGUUUGUGGUUCUGAUUUGCUUCAAUCUUUUGCAACACCUGGAGUCUGGAUACGCGAUCAAGUUAAAAUCUUAUGUCGAGAUUUCGGUCUCGUUUGCAUUCGAAGAGAAGGACAAGAUGUUGAGAAAAUCAUAUUGGAUGAUGGAAUUCUAAACGAGAACAGAAACAAUAUCAAAAUUGUAGAUCAAAUUGUACCCAACCAAAUAAGUUCCACCAGAAUAAGGGAUUGCAUUUCAAGAGGGCUGUCAAUCAAAUAUCUUACGGCAGAUGAAGUUAUUGAGUAUAUAAGAGAGCAACAUUUGUAUCUGAAUCCUUGAUGUUAUGUUUUUUGUUCUUUUUUGAUAAUCACCUCAUUUUAGAGAUGCAAAGGAGUAUCUUAAUAAGUCAAUUGUAAACCCCAAGAAAUCCAACGUUAUUAUUCCUAUUUCUUUUAAAAAUACACCAACUUAUAGUUGUAAUUAUUGUAUGUAUUGCAUUACCACAGAAUAAAUAAACUAAAGUUUUUCUUUUAA